CAUAGCCUAAAGCGUUGUUGGUGUAGUUUCACAGGGAAAUAUGUUAGGGAAGCUUUUAUCAUGUUUCAGCUCAAUUCAUGUUGGGUUGCAGGUGGGAUAUUUGAUUUCGAUACUACUAGAAAAAGGGAUUCCAAAACUGCUAGAACAAACAUCCCGACGAUUCCCGAAGAGAAACCUCAAAAGUUUUGAGGUAGAAGACAGAAUAAGUGCGUUACCAGACGAUUUGCUUGUGCGGAUAUUGUUGUUUGUGCCAACAAAAUAUGCAGUGCUUACAAUGAUUUUGUCAAAAAGAUGGCGGUCUAUUUGGAAGAUGGUGCCAGAGCUCAACUACCUAGAGAUGAUCAAUGAUGAUACUAACAAAGUAAUUAUUGGCGGUUUACUUGGUCGUUUACUUGAGCGUUUUUUUGGCAGAAGUGAUCAGCGACGACAGUGGCUUUUGCGGUUUAUUGACGAGUCAUUACAAGCCCAUAAGGCACCUGUUUUAGAAUCAUUACUUAUAGAAGUCGAUACAGGACGUCAGGUUGAUGUUGAUGUUGGAAACUGGAUUAAAAAAGCGGUUCAUCGUAGAGUCCGUGAGCUAGGGUUUAUUCUCAGAUGGUCCGCAGAGCCUACUAGGUUACCUAAUAACCUUUACACAUGUGAUACACUCGUUUCUCUAGGCCUUUCCAACAAGGUUCUUGUGGAUGUUCCUUCUCUAGCAUGCCUCCCAUCCCUCAAAAAUCUUCAACUUGACUCUGUGGUAUACAAAGAUGAAGAUUCUUUGGCCCGAUUAUUUUUGAGUUGUCCUCUUCUAAAAAAAUUGAUCGUGGAACGUCACCACCAAGACAACGUAAAAGUUUUCAAUAUAAAAGCCCCUUUGUUGGUAUUUUUAUCAUAUCAUUAUGUGGAAUUAAAACCACAUGACGAAGGCAUUGAGGGGAGUUUAGUAAUAGAUUCUCCGGCUUUAAAGAAAAUCUUCAUCACAGAUCACUCGAGAGACUCUUACUCGAUCGCAAACGAACCUCGCCUUGAGAAGGCAAAUAUCAACUUCCUUUUCUACCCUGAUUACAGGUUUAGGACAUCUCUUUCCUCGCUCAUGUGUGUCGAAUUUGUUUUGAGCUAGGCAACGCUUGCGUGGUUUAGCACUAUUGGCUACUCUCAUCUUAUGGAGUGUAAGAUAAUACUUGUACACGAUUUAGACUGGUUACAACCACUAAUGAUGUUGCUUCAAAAUUCUCCUAAUCUAAAAGUUCUUCUCAUCGACAAGACAUUCCUUCAACUUGCGGAGGAGUUGCCACUUUCAUGGAACCAACCAAGUUCUGUUCCCGGAUGUUUGUCAACCCAUCUCGAGAUAUUUGAGUGGAGAGAAUAUGAAGGAAGAAACGAAGAGAGAGAAUUCAUAAACUACAUCUUUGCGAACUCAGAGUGUUUAAAGAGAGCUGGAUUCUCUUUGAAAUCAACCAGCAACCAUAAAGAUAGAAAGAAGAUGAAAGAUUUGGAGUCUAUGUAUAGGGUUUCAGCAUCAUCCCAGCUUCUCUUCUCCACUCAUGUAGAAUAUAUGAGUGUUUCAGAUGAACUGAGGGCCUGAUUUUAUUUCAUAUGGUUCAUGUGUG